AUGAUUAACCGGGAAAAACGGUAUAGUCCGGCUGAAAUUCAUUUUGGAAUUCCAUGGAGAAUAAAAAUCCAACGAUCUGGCCCAGACUUUGCGGCAUUUUUAUGCUGUAAAAAAACUGAAAAAUCUGAAAAUUUUCAAGUUUUCUUCGAGAUGAAAUUAGUAUCGGCAUUGGGAACAGAAGAGAAAAUUAAGAAGACGUCAUUCAAGAUUUUGGAUUUAAAAGAUGGAAAUGAUGGAUAUGGAUGGGAUUUUAUGAAUUGGGAGGAUGUCGAAAACAAGUUUCUGGUGAAUGGAUCGAUUCGAAUGGAAUGCAAUGUAGAAUUGAAAGAAAUUCGAAGAAAAAGUUCCAGAAAAUUCGAUGAUCAAGAUGUUUCAGAUGUGGUUUUAGUUGUUGAGGAUAAGAAGUUUUAUAUGUCGAGAUUGCAGAUUCUCCGUCUGGCAGACAUGUUCGACACUCCAACUGCCACUAGACGAUGUGAAGAGUAUUUGAUGAUUUUCCCAACAAAAAUUUCACUGAAAACUAAAACAAGACUCGCUGUACAGUAUCUUCUCGAAGAUUUGAAACAAAAAUGUCUAAACGAAGUGAGAACGAUCGCGGAUAUUCCCGAUAUUCUGUUGAUUCCAUUGAAGGAGUUGGACUUCCGAUUGGCGCGUUCGAUGUUGAAGAAAGCUUAA